AUUGGUUCAGAAAGUAGGUUAGUGGUGCUGCGGCAGGCAUGACGGCGAAAAGAAAGUGGGUCACAGAUUGAAAAGCGUUUAUGUCACUGUUCUUACGGACUGGUUAUAUUUACCGACAACUUCAAUGUGUCACAGCACAGGGGUUUUAAUGGUUUAAGACUAUUGUGGAAUGGCUUUCUGAAAGGGGAAAGAGGACCUUAUCUUGAGGGAAGCAGACAUCAGAGAAGAAGAGGAAGUGUGCCUCCUUCACAAGCCCAGCAGUUAGAUUGUGUGGAUGGAAGGAGAUGCAUUUGAAACAGAGGACGUUAUGAACAUCUGUGAUGAUCUAAUGGCAGACCAAAGGAUGGACAUCACCUCCACGAUGAAUGAGUUCAUGUCUCCUAGCUCCACUGACCUCAUCAGCAGCUCCAUCCACCCCCCAGGCAUGGACUUCACACGCAAGAGGAAGGGCAGCACCUCCGACUACCAAAUUGACGGCUUUUCCUUCGAUGACAUGGAUUCUGACAAGGACAAACUUGGAGGUGACCAUCACGGAAGGAUAAAGAAUGCCAGAGAGGCCCACAGCCAGAUUGAGAAGCGCCGACGGGACAAGAUGAACAGCUUCAUCGACGAGCUAGCGUCCCUGGUGCCCACCUGCAACGCCAUGUCCCGCAAGCUGGACAAGCUGACGGUGCUGCGCAUGGCCGUCCAGCACAUGAAGACCCUGCGAGGAGCAGCCAACCCUUACACGGAAGCCAACUACAAGCCCUCCUUUCUGUCAGACGAUGAAUUGAAGCACUUGAUACUGAGGGCAUCGGACGGCUUCCUGUUUGUGGUGGGAUGUGACCGCGGGAAGAUUCUCUUUGUCUCAGAGUCUGUCUUUAAGAUCCUGAACUACAGCCAGAACGACCUGAUUGGCCAGAGCCUGUUUGACUACCUGCACCCGAAGGACAUCGCCAAGGUGAAGGAGCAGCUGUCCUCUUCAGACACGGCCCCGAGAGAACGACUCAUAGACGCCAAAACGGGUCUCCCGGUGAAGACGGACAUCGCCCCCAGCCCGUCCCGGCUCUGCUCCGGGGCCCGGCGCUCUUUCUUCUGCCGGAUGAAGUGCAACAGGCCCUCCGUCAAGAUGGAGGACAAGGACUUCCCCUCCACCUGCUCCAAGAAGAAAGCGGACAGGAAGAGCUUCUGCACCAUCCACAGCACGGGCUACCUGAAGAGCUGGCCCCCCACCAAGAUGGGCCUGGACGAGGACAACGAGCCCGACAACGAGGGCUGCAACCUCAGCUGCCUGGUGGCCAUCGGGCGCCUGCACCCCCACAUCGUCCCCCAGCCCGCCCACAUUGACAUCCGCGUCAAGCCCACCGAGUACGUCUCCCGGCACGCCAUCGACGGCAAGUUUGUGUUCGUGGACCAGAGGGCCACAGCCAUCCUAGCCUACCUGCCCCAGGAGCUCUUAGGGACGUCGUUCUACGAGUACUUCCACCAGGAUGACAUCGGUCAUCUGGCAGAGUGUCACAGACAAGUGCUGCAGAUGAGGGAGAAGAUCAACACCAACUGUUACAAGUUCAAGAUCAAAGACGGCUCGUUCAUCACGCUGAGGAGUCGCUGGUUCAGCUUCAUGAACCCCUGGACCAAGGAGGUGGAGUACAUCGUCUCCACCAACACCGUCGUCUCGUGCAGUGUGUUGGAGGGGGCUGACCCCAGCUACCCCCAGUCUGCAGCCUCUCCUCAGAGUAUGGACAGUGUGCUCACAUCUGAGGGAGGAGGGCGGCGGGCGCUGCAGACGGUGCCAGGAAUCCCAGGUGGCACGCGGGCGGGAGCGGGCAAGAUCGGGCGCAUGAUCGCCGAGGAGGUGAUGGAGAUCCAGAGGAUCCGAGGAUCGUCUCCCUCCAGCUGUGGCUCCAGCCCUCUGAACAUCACCAGCACACCCCCUCCUGACACAUGCUCCCCGGGGGGCAAGAAGAUCCAGAACGGGGGCACUCCGGAUCUCUCGCUGGCAGGGGUGGUCCCUGGACCCGACUCUGUGGGGUACCCCUACUCCGUCAUGAGUGACGCCUCCCACCCCAGCAUAGACAUCAUGGACGAGCCGGGCUCCAGCAGCCCCAGCAACGACGAGGCGGCCAUGGCCGUCAUCAUGAGUCUGCUGGAGGCCGACGCUGGUCUGGGGGGACCCGUAGACUUCAGCGACCUGCCCUGGCCCCUCUGAGGGGGAGGGGGGUGAGAUA